UUGAAAAGGAUAGUUGGUGAUCAAUAAAUUGACAAGGGAAGAUGAUAGAACAAGAUUACAUGAAGGAAUAUGAUAAGAAAAUGAAGCAAAUAGGGGAGCAAAUGAGAACAAUUGAACAAGAGAGAGCUCAAGCAUUCAAUGAGCAAAGACAAAUGAAAAGGAUUGCCGAGGAAACUAAGGUGAUGGUUGAUGAAACAUUAGCCAACAAGACAUCAAAUUCAGACCAAUUAAGUGUUAAAGAAUCAUCAAACAAGAAAUUGUCAGAGAAAGAUGUGUUAUUGGACAACAUGAGGAAUGAGAUGGAUAAUCUUAGAUCAUCUGAGAAUAAUGCCACGACCUUACUAUCUAAUUAUAAAAGGAGAAUUCAGGAGCUGGAGAUUGAACUAGACAAGACAAAGGAGUCAGAAGCCAAUUUGUUUGACACAUUAGUAAUGCAAACAAAACAAUUGGAACAGAACAAGAUUCUCCUUGAAGAGUCAAAGCUUGAGAUAGCUUCUCUUGAAGAAAAAUGGUUGUCAGAUCAACCCUUUAAAAAUCAUGACAUAGAAAAUUAUAUUCCAUCAAAGAAAAGUGAAGAGGGCAAGGAAAUUGAGAUCAAACCAAAAGACGAGAUGUGCAAUGGUGAAGAACUUUCUGAGAAGGUUAAAACCAUGCUUGAAGAACUAAGCAUACUUAAAUCUGAACUGAAGUUAGCAACUGAAGCAGAAGAGAACAGUAAGAAGGCCAUGGAUGAUUUGGCAUUUGCAUUGAAAGAAGUGGCAACAGAAGCCAACCAGGUGAAAGCAAAACUAACCUUAAGCCAACUAGAACUAGAGCAUGCAAAAGAGGAAGUUGAGCGUUGGAAAGCAAUGUUAAGAACCUCAGAAGAAAGGUACAAGGAGAUUCUUGAAGCAACAAAGAAAGAAGCUGAUAAGAACAAAAACACAGUUGAAAGGUUAAGAUCAGAAGCUGAAGAGUCCCUUUUGGCAUGGAAUGAGAAAGAAAUUGAGCUUGUGAAUUGCAUUAGAAGAGCUGAAGAGGAAAGAUUACAUGCAAAGCAAGAGUGCAAUGAUGCCAUUGAGGGUUUGAAAGAGGCAGAGAGUAAGGUAAAAGUUUCAAAGGAAGAAAAUCAAAAGUUACGUGAUAUACUUAAACAAGCCUUGAAUGAAGCUAAUGUUGCAAAAGAAUGUGCAGAGAUUGCAAAGGCUGAAAAUGCUAGAUUGCAAGACAGUAUUAACCUACUUGUCCAUGAGAAUGAGAUGUUGAAAAUCCAUGAAGUGGCGUCGUUUGAGAAUAUCAAAGAGUUGAAACGCAUGCUAUCAGAAUCAUCGAUAAAGGAGUUAAAAAACGAGGACAGUGAGAAACCACCGGUAAAAGAAAGUGGCAAAGAAGACAAUAGUAAUGUUAAGGAGACAGGAAGAAGAGCAAGGACACAUGGCAAUUUCUCAAUGGAUCAAAGGGAACAUAAAGAACCUAAGACUUUGAAUAAAACAUUUAGCCUUAAUUUGAAGGAAAUGAUAAUACCACAUCAUAGCCAUAAGCAACAACAGAACAAAUCCGGAAACGAAGAGGUCAAUAAGGACAUUAAAGAUACUAAGGAUGCUGAUGACGACACAUUAAAGGGUUCGAUAUUUGAUGAAGUGGAUUCGUCAGAUUCAGAAUCGCGACAAGAUAUGGACAUUCCUGAUGAUUUUGAUCAUCUUGAUGAAUCUCAUUUUGAUGAUACCGAGGGUGAUAGGAACUCGAGAAAACGAAGAGCUUUGAUAAAGAGAUUCGGUGACCUUAUACGAAGAAGAAGUUAUCAUAAUCAUCGGAAGGAUUCAUCCAAUGAAGAACAUUUACAGACGUAA